AUGCGUUUGUCAAAGUCUCUUCUCUUGUCCGCCGUUCUCCUCGUUGCGCUUGUGCAGACCACCUUUGCUAGCGUGUAUUCGCAGCUUCACUUUAUGAAGAUCGAGUCGCCCCGAGACGGCCAGGAUGUCAAGGCUGGUGAUCAAUUGGUUGUCAAGUAUGUCAUGCAACCUCUUAUUGAUGACCAAACCUCGCCCGGAAAGGCUUUGGCUUUGGAUAUCAACUUCCAUCGCCGCACUGGUAACCAGAAGCAGCAGCAACUUGGCGCUAUCCACAAGAAAUGCCCUGUCGCAGCCAAGCCUAACAAGUACGUUACCUACACCAAGAAGUGGACCGUUCCCGAAGAUACCAAGCCUGGAUCGUACGCCAUUGACUUUGUUGAACAAGUGCAGUUCAGACGCACUCAGAUCACUGCCACUGAAACCGUCAAGACGGGCGAGACACUUUCGGCAACUGACUUUAACGCUCGUCCUGGUGGUAAAGGGGCCAACCAAUCAGUCGCUAUCGCCAAGGGCGGUGGUGCUGUCUAUCAUGGAGGAGUGCUGGGCAACGACGCACGCUGGGGCAACGGUCGUGCAUUUAUCCAAGUCUGUAGUGAGACUGGUGAAAACUGCAUUGUGUUGUAUCCAGGCACCAAUGCCAAAUACACGGCCAAAGAGGCAGGCAAGGUUUUCGAUUCAUUUGACUCUGAAGACUGGGUUGUGAUGCAAAACGAAGUGAGCGAAGGUGGUGCGAUCAUGAGCCUUGCUGCUGAGAAAGGUCUUCCGGUACUGUUCAACCCUGCGCCCCUGACCCGUGGCAUCAUCGACGAGUUUCCGUUUGACAAGGUUGCGAUUCUGAUUGUCAAUGAACAUGAAGCUGCAGACUUAUAUCGAGAACUGGGCUACGGUGAAGCUCCGAAGAUGAAGGAAUUGGAUAUGGCUGGAGAACUGCUGAAAAAGUUCCCUAAAAUGCAAGGUGUCGUAGUCACACUCGGUGGAGAAGGUGUAGUGGCCAAGUUCAGAAACGAAGGCGGUCGGAUCCGUGAUUUCAUUGUUCCUAGUCGCAAGGUGGAUGUAAAGGACACCACUGGUGCUGGCGAUACUUUUGUUGUAAGUGCUUUCAGCAAACCCCAAGAAAGAAGUCCGGGAGGAUGCUAUCAAAACGGAUGA